GAUCCUCGGGGAUCUUCGAGACGCGUCCCUCGUUCGGAUGCGCGCUAAAUCGUCGCAGGGUUGCGUAAAAAGGUGAAAUUGCCUUCGAACGUUUCAAUGUUCAAGUUCGUCGAAACGUUUUCGUCGUCCUUACGACGACGAGUUAUUCUCGUUGGAUUCUUUUCUUUCUUUUUAUUGGACACCGUCACGGACAACGAUCGACACUUUGCGCGAAAAGGGGGACUUUCGAACGCUUUGCUGACCGAUUAAAUUUAACGAUUAAACGUAACGCGUGUUCGUUUUCAUCGAUGUCGAACGCGGCACGGCCGUGAAAGUGCUUAGAUCGUUUCAAGUUUUACUGCGUUUCCGUGGUCUCACCGCGAUGGUUACAAAUCGCUAGUUCGACCACCCGUAUACCAUUGCCUUGUCUCUUUUCUUUUUUUUUUUCCACGCCGGAAACCGGCGUAUCGUUGUAAAGCGGUACAACGAGAAAUCGAUGGUGAAAACGAUUGCGCGAAACGUUUAUUUCGAACCGUGCAACCGUUUACGUUUAGAAAAUUAACGAACAACCCGCGUCCAAACGCGUUUCGCGUACGCAUGAUUUGCGGCCUAGAUCUCUCUAAAUGACGAACAAAAUUCUCUUUUGGAUCGCUCGCUCAGCAUCGAAAAAGUAUUAACGGUCGCGUCAUUCGUCAACGUCAGCACGAAAAAUAUAUCGGAGCGUCAAAAUAUAAAGCACGCGUCCAAAUUUAAAAUCAAAGCUCGUAAAUAGACACGUUGGAUCAGAGAAAACAUAUGUCGGUGAAAAAAAAGAUCGAUACAAAGAUGUUUGAAAUUUUGGUUGUAAAAUCCCGGUUUGCAGAGUAUCGUGCGCCGUAUGGGCCGGAGAUUUGUGCGAUAAACGGGUUGCGGUGAUGCGGGGGACGUCGUGGCGAGCAGUGUAUAUACGUCAGUGUCUGGCACACAUGAGUCAUUCUGGGAGGAAACGGUGACGGGGCGCUUGAUGCGCCCACGAUAUGGUCGUCCCUGCGCGGAAAGUGAGCGUAAACCGCCGAGGCGUUCCGAAGAUGGCCGAAGCGAGGCCGUCGUGCGGCAGUCGAGCCCGAGCGAUCCCCCGAUCGCGGUCGUGCGUGGUGGUGCGGCAGGUACGGCAGUCAGUAGUGGAUUAGCAGCAACGGGAGCAGCAGCAGGGACGACGGUGGCGUAGCGCUAACACGAAACGAGCAAGGGAAGGAGGAGGAGGUAUGAUCGCGCGAAUGAUCGACGACGGGAGGAGACAUCGUCGAACGGGUAAAUAACGGAUCGUCGUAUUUACCCAAUGCUGCGAGAGAAACCGUCGUGAAACGAAGGUGUCCUGGAUGCAAACGCUGGCUGCUCCACGGAAUAUGUACGUGGCGGAGGUGGGCGCGGGCCGUGCGAAAAAGUGGCGAAAACUGUGAGAGAGGUGCAGUGGUGGUCGUGGCGGUGGUGGUGGUGGCGGUGGCGGCGGUGUGGCGUUGCUGGUGCUACUUCGGUGUGUAUGCGCGCGUGUAUUGGUGGGACACGCACUUCGCCGGGGCCGUGGUUUUACGCUCUCUCUUUCGCUCCUGUUCCGUCGUCCGUUCCCUCUUUCUCUCGCUCGUACCCCUCUAUUCACCGCCGACUAUCCACCUCUUUGUCGCUCGUACGGAGGCCAUCGUACCGAAAGCGACCGAGCCAGGCCAGCCACUACGCAAGAUGGCUGUGUGUCGCUAACGAGAGGCCGACAAACCAGACGGGGAAAAGGCAACCCGGGGAUAAACGGAACAUGCUGCUACGUGAACGUCGGGCCCGUCCCUGAAGAGAGAGACACUGGCCAAGAAGCGAGAGGGAAUGUGUGACAUGUUCAUCCAAACACAGCAGACGAGUAGCGUCAACGGCAGCAGCAGCAGCAGCAGCAGCGGCAGCAGCAGUAACAACACCGUUCACCACCAUAGCAAAAAACGCAAGUUGGAGUACAACGUGAGCCAGCCGGUGAUCCAGCACGCUUUGGUUCAAUCGACCGGCGACUACCAAUUAGACAAUACCGGGCUGCAACAACGGUACUCCGUGAACGGUGCUAAUACCGCGUUUAGCUCGCUGCACAACAAUAAUGCGCUGCAGAAGAGUAGCCCGAACCAACAGACUCUGGUACGAGCCUCGACGAUCAAGCUCGUAGACACGUACCAACGCUGUAGCCAGAAGAGAAAAACUUGGUCGAGGGAGGGUAAUGGUGACGGUCUGGCAGUCCAUUCCGCCAACGCGACGAACGCAGUGGGUAGUACUGUAGUGUCGCAACACCAUACUCAACAGCAACAGCAGCUGCAACAACAACAGCAGCAGCAGCAGCAGCAGCAGCAGCAGCAACAACAACAACAACAACAACAACAGCAGCAGCAGCAACAACAACAGCAGCAGCAACAACAACACAAGCAAACAGGCAUGACGGCGCACAGCAAACAAGUGACCAACGCUGCCAAUGGAGGCGGUGGCAGCAAUCCCCAGGGCGAUGGGGAUUACCAGUUGGUUCAGCACGAAGUCCUGUACUCGAUGACCAAUCAGUACGAGGUCCUCGAGUUUCUGGGCAGAGGUACUUUUGGACAGGUUGUGAAAUGCUGGAAAAAAGGAACCAAUGAAAUAGUGGCCAUCAAAAUUUUGAAGAACCAUCCAUCGUAUGCGCGCCAAGGUCAGAUUGAGGUCUCCAUCCUGUCUCGACUUAGUCAGGAAAACGCGGAUGAGUUCAAUUUUGUGCGUGCUUAUGAGUGUUUCCAGCACAAAUCCCACACCUGCUUGGUCUUUGAGAUGCUAGAGCAGAAUCUGUAUGAUUUUCUGAAACAGAAUAAAUUUUCACCAUUACCGCUCAAAUACAUCAGACCGAUUCUCCAGCAAGUGCUCACUGCUCUUUUGAAACUAAAGCAAUUGGGGUUGAUUCACGCGGAUCUUAAGCCAGAGAACAUCAUGUUGGUGGAUCCAGUACGUCAGCCUUACCGUGUGAAAGUUAUUGAUUUUGGUUCAGCCUCUCAUGUGUCAAAAGCUGUCUGCAACACGUAUUUGCAAUCGCGAUACUAUCGUGCGCCUGAAAUUAUUCUUGGACUUCCGUAUUGUGAAGCGAUAGAUAUGUGGUCACUCGGCUGUGUGGUUGCAGAAUUGUUUCUAGGAUGGCCCCUGUACCCUGGUAGUUCGGAAUACGAUCAGAUUCGAUACAUAAGUCAAACACAAGGCCUACCGACAGAGCACAUGUUAAACAACGCUAGCAAAACAACUAAAUUUUUUUAUAGAGACAUGGACAGCACGUAUCCAUUUUGGCGAUUAAAGACACCGGAGGAGCACGAGGCCGAGACGGGUAUCAAAUCCAAGGAGGCAAGAAAGUAUAUUUUUAACUGUCUCGAUGAUAUUGGUCAAGUAAAUGUUCCGACCGAUUUGGAGGGUGGUCAACUUUUGGCUGAGAAAGCAGAUAGGAGGGAGUUCAUUGACCUCUUGAAGAGGAUGCUCACGAUGGACCAGGUAGAGCGCCGAAUAACACCCGGAGAGGCUCUGAACCACGCUUUUGUCACUCUGGCCCAUUUAGUCGAUUAUGCACAUUGCAACAACGUAAAAGCUUCCGUCCAAAUGAUGGAGGUUUGCCGACGAGCUGGUGAUUUCACAGCAAGCCCGGCGCAUCAUCAAGCUCCUCCAGCACCUCAACCACCUCCGCCAACGUCGUUGGUGGCAAACUUUGUGCCGACGACGAACGGCAGUGCUGUUACUUUCACCUUUAACAAUCAAUUGACCAAUCAAGUACAGCGAUUGGUUCGAGAGCAUCGCACGGCGCAAACAGGAUACGACAAUCUGUAUCAAAUAUACAGUAACAGUAGCCGUCGUGCGACUCAAUACAGUAGCUCAUCCAGCGGAUCGAAUAGUGGCCGGAGCGGAGUGCACGAUUUUCCACAUCAAUUGGUGCCUGGUCUACUUUGUCAUCCACCCAGUUAUCAAACGAUGCCAAGUCCUGCGAAACACGUAGUCGUUGCCCAACCUCCGCAGGCACAACAGGGACCGCUGCAGAUUCAACCAUCUAUCAUAUCGCAGCAGGCUGUUGCUGCGGCAGCUGCGGCUGCUCAGCAACAGUACGCAGCAGUACCCGUGUCUAUGGUGGAAACUGGACGUCAAAUGUUGCUAACGAACGCUGUACAAACAUCGUGGCCCGGUGGAAGUCGUCAAAUGGCCGCCAUCGUGCCGUCGUGGCAGCAAUUGCCGCCGCAACACGCAGCCAUACAACAGCCGUUGCUGAGCGACGCUGGAGAUUGGGGAAGACCUCUUAUCGUGGACAGUUCUGCCAUCUUGCAGGAUCAGCGGCCAGUAUUUCCUGUCACGGAAGUUUACAACACCAGUGCUCUUGUCGAACAUCCGUCUCAGAGUUGGGGUAAACGUGGCGGAACGAAACAUCAUCAGCAUCACGUGACGGUACCGCAGCAGUCCCAACACAGGCACGAGCACAAGAAAGAGACGCAACAGCUGAGUCCGGUAAAAAAGAGGGUAAAAGAGAGCACACCACCCAGCAAUAUGAGGAGGCAUUCGCCUACCGGUGGUCAUUGGCAACAACAAACGAUGCAACAGCAUCAUCACAGCAGCAAACACAACAGCAGCCACAAUGUAGAGCAUCAUCAGGUUACAUCCGGUCGGCAGCAAACCAUCACGAUCCACGAUACACCAUCUCCGGCAGUCUCCGUUAUCACGAUUAGCGAUAGCGAGGACGAAACACCUGGCAAAUGCUGUGGAGAUCGCCAAUGUGGAACCUGUCAAAAUUUGGCGACUCGCCUGUCUGGCGAUGGGCGUCCAAUCCGCGAGGAUGUCAUACGAAGUACGCAGUCGACGCCGCGCGUAGUCCAACCAAUGCAACAGACUCAUUCGAGUAGUCAGUCCCAUACCAACGGGCAUGUUGUAGCGCACAGUACUUCUCAGAGAGCUCAGCGGAAAAAUAUUAUUAGUUGCGUGACAGUCGGUGACAGCGACGGUGAAGCUAGUCCAGGCCGAGCACACACUCACCUGUACCAACAUUUACCGCAGCAUCCUCAGCAUCAGCAGACCACACAGUUAAUCAAACACGAACCCCAGCAACAGCAUCACGUUAGCAGCAGCUCCGGAUAUUCUUCUCAAUCGCAAAAGAAACGAUUACUGGCAAAAGUACAGUCCGAAUGCAAUAUGGUAAAUGUUGCGACCAAGCCGGAACCCGGUGUCGAGUACCUCGCUCCACAUCCGUGUCACGCGCCAGCCUGCAAAGAGCCACCGACCUACCAGGAUGAUGCCUAUGACAUGCAUGACUACUUCUUGCAGUAUGUGACCACGAGUAGCGCGCAUCCGCAUCUUCAAGAGCAGCACAUCGUGUAUACGACCGGCACGGACAAGCGGGUAUCAUGGCCUGGAAAGAGAACCGAGUACAAGCACGAGUACGUUCAACCGCCGGCUGCUCAUUCGAGAGACCACCAAAAGUGGGCGGUCGCCAACACUGUGCAUCAGUAUAGGCAGAGCCAGGUGGUGGGUUCGGCAGCCCAUCCGGGUCAUACCCACAGUCAUCAUGGGCAUCCGGCCCACCUCAGUCCUGGGGGCGGUGGUGGUGGCAGAAGUCCUGCAGGGGGGCCUGUAAUAGGAAGUACCCAACAUCUGGGACAACCCCUGUACCAGGAGUACGCCCAUGUGCGUUCAAGGGCCCAUGCCGUGCCACCCCCGGUGUACGUUACCGCCGCGCCUUCUCAGGCUCCCACUGCUAUCCAGCAGCAACAAGUGCCCACCUAUCAGGGAUUCACACCCGGGUGGGUACCUAGACACCUAGUUGAUGCAUGCAUCUCGUCUCCAUUAACGUUGUAUGAUUCUAGUCGAGCGUUGCCACCACCAGCUCAUCACAGCUCGGCCAGGCCGUUGCUCGCGAGUCAUGCAGCACACCCACUGCCUGCACACAUGCAGCCAACGGCCGUAUACGGAUUGGCUCCGCUUUCGCCGGCCAAACAUCAAUAUCAGCCUUCUGGUUUGUGGUUCACCGAGUAAAUUGUACCUCUGUCUAGCUCAAGAUAAGAGAUACCGUAUGGCGUGCGAAAAUUAACGCGAUACCAGAUUACAAGAUAACUAUCGAACGAAAAGAAAAAGAGAACCAACCAGGUAUUACAACAUCCUAUGCAUUCAUUCUUUGUAAACUUUCUACUAGCGAACGAAGGGAGCUCUUCGCGAUGCUGCUGCUGCUGCUAUUGAUUAUGAAAACGCAAUGAAAACACACACACACACACACACACACACACACACAUACACUAAGGCUUAACGAGAAAAUUCAUGACUGAAGGAGACUCUACCGAGUCCCGAAGCAACACAGAAGUCGCUCUACAACAUUUCAGUUUCUGACAAUCCGUCCUAAGCAGCGAUUGAUUGCUCCUUUCAAAACUGCCCGUCUGUUAACGAAUGGAGAUUAUCUACGAUUCGAAUCGUAGCAAAGGCAGAUUAACGAACAUGAUCCGAAUGUUGGAUUAACUAUCGAUCGGCAUGCGUCGUGCACGGUUAACGUAAACGCUUCCCUUAAUGUUUCAUCCUGCCCAUCGAUAGUAGGCGAGUUGUCUUUUUCAUUUCGUUCGAUGAGACGAGGUUGCGUGUCGAUGAAAUGUACAAAAUAAGAGAAACGACACAAAGAGAGGAGGCUUUUUUACGCUUCCCGUCGCGCAACACUGUUUCCUCAGUGAACCAUUUGCUACGGUGAUUUGUAUUAUUUGUAUUAUUUGUUCGAGCUGUUACUUUGGUAAUACACUGGUCGACGUACAAUUUUGUCCGACUUAGGCGGCGCAUAUGUUAUACACGUGACACGGUACAUAUACAGUUACAGUAUUUUCUGACGAGUUGUCACGAUUUUUACCUAAGACGGUUGUCGUAAAGUUGUUCCCAACGCUUCCUGAAAUUGCCCACACCGUGUUAACUGUAUUUCCCGCUCGUUCUCGUUCCCCGAUGCAUACAAAAGGCUGAGCAAACCAGAAAGAUAACAGCAAUCAAAUGUCACUAGCCUCUCUGAGAUGUUGUCGUAGCUCGUACAACUUUUCAGAAAAUACUGUACGCAUGUAUUAUAUGUAUACCAAACGUUUCGUGACUUUUGGGAGAGUGAAUGUUGUUGUCGCGCCAAAGAAAAUUUUACGGGGACGUUGUGAAAAGAUUGUAACUCGCAGAGACGAGAGAAAUUUAUGCGCAGUUUAAGCAGAUAAAACCAGAGACGUUUGGGUGGUUUCCGGUGAAGUUGUGUCGCUUCGCCGCGAAACAGCAAGCGUAUUUUUAUCGAACCACGGCGUUACAGCGGGGAUAUAAGUUUGCAUUUCUUUUACGAUGAUACUUCAGAUCCGUAUCAUGCAUAAUUGUUUUUAAUACUCGGUGACAAAAGUUAUCUUUGGUACGGGAGAAUUCCCGAUCGUUUGGCGACGACGAUACAUCGCAUUGUUUUCGCCCGGUUGAAUUUCAACCCAGCCAAAAGAUUUUUAUCGUCGAGUGCAGCGACACGCUUGAACGUUUGAAACGUUCCCUUUUCAAAACGUAGGCUCCCUUCCUGUUUCUUCUAGGGGUAAAUAGGGAGCCGAUCUAUUGCACGCGUUCACAAGAACAUAUUAUACACAACGCUACUAUACGCGACAUAUUGAUUAAUUGUAAAAAUGUGUUUUGAGUUUUAUCGUCCUAGAUUUAUUUCAAGCUGUCUCAAGUAUGCUUAUACAUCCUAGUAAUUCGGUGUCCUUUAGAGGAUGUGGUUAUUACGAUAUGGAAGCAACGCGCGUGGUUGAGUUUGAAAUCGAAUACUUCUCGUGUUUCGAUUCGAAUGGCGAACAGGUGGAAUCGCGCACGGUAACUUGUAUUUGACAAAAGCUGUACCUCCUCGCAGCAGCCUCACUAUUUAUUUGUUUCGCGUAAUUAAUCUUAUUGUCCCCUCGUCGUAACUAUUACUGGUUACUAUUACUAUCGUUACUACUACUAUUAUUAUUACUAUUAUUGCAAUUAGGCAUCAUCGUAUUUAAGGUAAUUACCAGGAGUUCGAAGUUUUGCCUCUUCUUUUUCUUUUAGAUACCGCGUUUUAAAUAGAUUUACGCGUUAGGAUUGUUCGAUAAUGAGAUUCACGUUUAGCGUUAUGCAGAUUCACAAUUAACGUUCGACAUGCUUCUUCAUCAAUGAUCAUACGCAUCCUUCUCUUUUCUAUAUCGCGUUUCAACGUUUUGCAUUUCACCGAGGGUUGUAGUUUAAGAAUGUACGCGUCGAGUACAUUGCACAAAUCAGCGGUACACAAUUAAUUAGUACGAUCCAACACGAUGAAUUAGCGUUUCGGGAGAGACGAGAAUCGAUCCACGGGACACGUUUUCGAAUACGAUUUCUAUCGGAAAGAAACCUUCGUUGCAGAUGUUAUUAUGUCGGAUUGCACACGCGUACACAUACAUACACACACGAGUAAAGAAACUUUCUUCGGCGUAGAUUCAAGUCGACGCAAGUUUUUAGCUAUUUCUUUCAGUUCCCCUCGUUGAAUCAUGUUCUUCCUUCUCGCACUUUUCCACGACAGUACGAAGAAAGGCGAUGUUUCUAAUGUCUCUUUGUAACGUGUAUUCGUAACGGCGAACAAACUGCAUCCGGUAUACACACGUGAGUGUCCAAAAUGUGGAAUUGUACAUAAUUAUUACGAGUAGCUCUCUUCCUACAUUUCGAUGUUCAGCAGCUGUAAAAGUGGUAGAUCGCGCGCACAUCGUUCUUCUACUCGCGACACUUUUAAGGAUAAAAAGAAAAAGGAAAGGAGGAUAGAGGUUUUUUCCGCGUGCGGACGUAUAUUUCGUGGUUUUUAAUGGAAUGACGCUUAGGCAUUGUUUUGCUAAUUAUUUUAUAUACAUAGCUGUAUGAUAAACGUGUACGGGAAUAUUAGCUGUGGUACGUUGAUUAGAGUGAUCCAUGUCCAGAGUUUAAUUAGGAGUAUUUUACACGUAGAGCGAGAGUGUGAGUGAAUGAUAGGGUGAUACAUAGAGGCAGACAUAAAAACAAAAGGAUGCUACAGUAGGGAGAAUGACGAAGUAAGAUUUUUAGAUAACAUUAUCACGAUUCCGCGAAACUAAAAGAAAAUUUUCAAAGUUUUAAUAAAUACGACACGAGGACGCUGCUGAUUCGCUACUUUCAGUCGAUAGAAUCGUAGAUAUUGAUAUCGGUUAUACAGAGACCACGGUUUCGUUUAAAAAGUGUCUAACAAUAGUUGUUUCUUUUUCAAUUUAUUGCGACGCGUCUAUCAAUACGAAACGAGAAAAAGAUUACAUAUAACCAAGUCGAUGUGCCUGUUUAAUCAUACUUACGAUUAAUCAUACUUAACGUUUGUAUAUUUACUGGAAACAAGGGGGAAAAAAUGGUGACGAUAGAAGGAGGGGUUGCGGGGUUGCGUCACGAAGGGGUUGCAGUAUAGAAAGAGAAAAAAAUUAGUUAGAAUCAGCAUGAGUGCUGUACGUUCUAUCACACGAUACGAACGUACGAUUAAUUAACAUACAAGCACGUUCGCGCGCAUACAUGUGUAUAUAUAUGUAUGUAUGCUUCCAUGUAGAACUUAGAGGGUUGUAUAGCAUAGAAGAAAACCUACCUUCUCUUCUCGCAAUUCGCGAGAUAAAGUCAUAUCCUUAGAUUUCACACAUUCUACUACCGUAAAGGAAACCGUUGUUAAUAAUAAUAAUAAUAAUAAUAAUAAUAUAUAUGUGUAUAUAUAUAUAUACGCGCGGGUGUAUCUAUAGAAACAUUUUUUUGUUUGUUUAUUCCUUCGCGAAUCGGUAUAUGCACAAAUACACAUUAUACGGUGUACACGCGACAGUCGUACGCAUAUAGUCAUUUUCACAUGCUUCAUUUUCGCCUCUGUAUACGUGUUUGGACGUAUAUGUAGAUAUAUACGUGUCACUAGAUCGUAGGUGGAACAUUUUUUUUUUCAGUCAGGUUUCUCGUUUCUUUCACCGAAAGAGCAAGUUUUGACUGACGAUGCGAUGAUUCUGUAAAUCGUUUAGUGUUAAGAUCGUAAUUAUCGCACCGUGGAUUCGGAUUAACCGUCGAUUAGAUUAUUUUUAUUAUUACAUUCGUCGUUGUUGAUGGCGUGCUGUGGGCAUACAAAGUAUUCGCGUGGAUGUAGAGUUUUAUUCUAAGUGGUAGGAUAUUUUGGAGCCAGAUAUCGAUUAUUCUCUAACACAUAGAAAAUAUUGUGGUCGAUGUGUUACUAAUAACAGCUUUUGGGUUUAAAAAACGUGGUGUAUACGCUAUUCGCGCAUGAUCCUAUGUUAUAAUAAUAGUAGCUUCUCUCUUAGAUGUAGAUCGUCAGUCAGUACAAGCUCAAGAGUCAUAUGUUCAGUCAUCAUUACUUUUAACACACAUUUCUCACCGUAUAGUUUAGAAGUAAGCGCGUCGCUGCAACGGAGAGUAUCUAAUUAACAAAAAAAUAGAAGCUAUUACUGUACACACACAUACACACACACACACACACACACACACACUUAUAUAUAUACAUAUAUACUAUACUCGGGAAAAGAAAUUGAGUAAAAAAGAUAAAGGUAUACCAUAAACUGUAUCGAUGGUUCUAGUUGUGAUAUUUUAUUAAUUAUUAUACAUCGUAAAUAUUCGCGUGGCGAAUAUUAUUUUGGUCAGGCUUUUUUGAAUGGCCAAGCGUGUACACGCGGUGAGAUGUGACCACGUAUGGAACCGUGUAAUCUUUAAGUUAACGGGAUCCCAUAAGGUUACGCGUUAUCGUCAACUCUCGUCACUUCCGAUCGGACGAUGGGACGCGUUACAUUGGCUGCUCGCCAACAUCCGCGCGAUCGAUCUUGCGUAUCGGAAUGUUCUCGUUAACGUGGCGUUGAUCGUUCUGCCGUCGAAUUUUCCAUUCGUUCGCGGUUUUUCGCGAACCGUAAUAACACGACAUUUUUAGAGACUGUUUGCGAUAGGUUCUCGCUUCCAUGUGCCACUCUAAAGCCUGCUAGAGCAAACAGACAUUUCCAUCCGGUACCAUUGAUCGUACGCGUCGUUGAGCGCCAGUGUAACGGUCUUUUCAUCCUUUCGGGUGACGCGAGACGAUACACGAGACAUACACAUACACGCAUACCCAUACUAAAAGCUAUUAUAGAGAUAGGAUUAUUUUAAUCGUUUUUAAAUUUGUACAUACGUUUCUUAUCGCAUCAGGGCAAGGGGAGGAGCAAAGUGAUUUAUUAGUCUAGGUGUAGUGCCUAAAAUGUUGUAAUGAGAUUGUGUCCAAUAGUGAGUUUAUUUAGCGUUGAAUCUCUAACGAUCGGUCGGGGCGUUCGUACAAAGGGAUACGCAAAGUUUCCUCGAUUCGCGAACGAACGAGAUACGAAAGGGCAUAUAAAGAAAAAAAAGAAAAAGAAAACGUUGAAAGAUGUUGUACGUACGCCCCGAAUCGCAUAACGAAUAGACGUUCGACGAACGAGUUUAGUACUGUUGGAAACGUCAGAUACUCGCGUUGAAAUGGCCAGAAACGAAGAUAAAGAACACAUACACGUACACAGGAAUCAAAGGGACGGAUCCACGAGAAAGAGAUCGUUUCUUGGUGGGACUUGGGAUUUAACGUUCGAUCGCGUUGUAUGGGAAAGUUUGUAUGAAAUUAUUAUAUAUUGUCACUGUAAACAAAGUAACUGACUUUUUGCGAGGAAUAGAUAAUUUAAGUAGUUAUAAAUAUAGGAAGAGAAUAACAUAUUUUUGGAGUUACUACUAGAGAAUUGAUAUCGUAUUGUGCUCUGUGAGGUCUUUUAAGCGUCUGUCUUCUUGCGUUCUUUGGACUUUAAUCGUCGGUAAUUGCUCAUCACGAUCGGACCACAUUUACACUACAAUAAAAAAAAGAAAAUUAAGCGGCCGUGCAACACCCGAUUGUCCUGAAACUUUUCGGUAGAACUUUGCUCACGAUCUCGUAGACUUUAACUGACAAUUGCGCCAGCGCGAGACAAAUUACAAUAGUCCAUAGUUGUUUUUUAACAAAAAAAAGGGAGAAAAAAAAAGAGAGAACGUAACGCAACAUUUUCGAAAUUUUAAGACGAUACGACGAACCUGUCUGCUCGUUCUCCGUACAACGGCUCGAUAGUUUUCUCGCUGUACAUAAACGAAAAGAGUAAAUGAUGUCCGAUUAGGGGAAGCAAGAUCGUAAAUGAUAAAUCGCGCGAGUAAAUUAGGAUAGAAUCGACGAGUUCAACCUAUUUGACUGUUCUUCGAUGUUCUUAAUGUUCACUAUUACACUAUGGUAAUGUCGCAAAUUAAUAUUAACGGUAUUACUUGCAUUAUUAUAUACGUUCGUCGACUUUACGCAUAAUGCUAUACAAGUAAGUGAUUAAACGAUAAAUUAAACAUGGAGGUGGACAUUCGUGUACAAAAAAAAAAAUAACACAUACACAACAUCACCGCUUAGACGUUGUUAAUCGUUAACAGUUUUUCAUCUUUAUGGGUGACGGAUUUUUUAGAUCGAUAUAAUUAGACACGCCUUGGCAUAUAGUUAGAAACAGUCUCUUCGAUGUAGAAGAAAGUAGAAAAAAAAAAUUCGAUGUUUCGACGUUCGUACGGUUUACGAUUAGUAUUCUUCUUCAUUUUUUUCGUCUUGUUCUUGACGAUACACGCAAACAUUUCGAGCGUUUCGUUCGUGCCACGUAAAUACCUAUACAUAUAUUACCUGCUACGAGAUAUAGGGUUGUUCGAUUUUUAGAAAAAUGGCUCGGGUAGGAAAGGAAUCUUUUCUACGCGUCGUUCCAAGAACAUUGGUUAUUUGUUCGCUUGGUCUCUUCGAGGUGUUUUUAGUUUCGAAGAUUACGGAAUUGUUUCGGUACAAGUUUCAUUUCACUGUGCUCUGUAUAUUUUCUUUGCGUACGCCGUCGUCGAUACUAGUUUUCGCGACGGUCGUUCGAUGUAGCCGAGAAAAGGGAAAUAGAUGCUUGAUGGUUAAGGAAAACUAGAGAAAGAAAAAUCGUAACGAAGUUAACACAGGUCUAUAUUAACAACUCCGUGUAAUUUAGAAGUUUAUGCGAUCGUACGAAUAAGCCGAACUUGCUAUUACUGAUUACAACCUAUCGUUAUAUGGCUAUACUAUAUAUUUGUACCAUGUAUGAAUGUUCGUCUUUUGUGUAUUUUGAUUAUACUAUGAUAGAGGAGUAGCGCCAUUUAUACUAUUAUUAUUAAUAAUCAUUCUAACGUCGUUGUGAUUACGAAUACUAUUGUAUUAUUUUUCAUCGAUGCCGCGCGGGAUAUUACAAUCGAUUCUAAAUACGCGGCUUUGUUAACACGUUCGAUUUUUAUUGCGAUCUCUUAGUCCGAUAUCGGUCGUUGGAAAUUUUUAUACAUCGUAGAGUUUGAACUUGAACACCUCGACAAAAUCCCAUCGAUCAAAUCUAUGAAGCACCUCGAUCUUUUCAUCUUCCACGACGACAAUGAUUUAAUCUGUUGUACUUCGAAGGCACUCCGCCUCUGUUUCGUUCUUCGAUUGAAAAUUUAGAAACGGUUCGUAUUGGCGAUUUCGGCCAACUUAGUUUUCCUUCUACUGAAUUUUCAAAACGUCUUUCUGCGAAAUAUUUUCGUAGCAUUGCCUUACUGGUAUAUUAUUAUAGACAUGUACGAUAAUUACACACCUAUACACAUAGCACACGUGACACCCUUCGAGCGGAUAAGUCAUUCGUGCCGUCGAUUAAUAUACUGUUUGCCAAACUUCUUUAUCCCAUUAUACGACGUACGGACCCAGUUGUGUAAAUGUAUAAAUUGUAAUCGCCGCGUGCGCUCGAAUUUAGCGGCAUUUAACCGCGUCUUUCGAGCUUGGAAGUUCUCGUUGAAUCGGUACUCGGUAAGGAAUAAUUUCUAACGUAAAGACGAUUCUAUUUUAAUCCGAGACAUAUUACGUUCGAUCGCAAUGAAUUAAUGAAAGACGUACCACAAACGAUACCGAUAACAAUUGCUAAUUCGUUUGAACUUUAAUCCGUUUAUAGCUGGAAAUAACGUUGAUGUUCAAUACGUUUAAAAAUUGUAAGAAUACCGGUCUCGCCACUAUCGAUCGACGAACACUAAUGUAUAUAUUUUAUACGUAAACAAUUUCUUAAACAGCAUUGGCCAGGAACCGUAGUCGAUCCAUAGUUGAAGGACACGUCGAUGUAUAGUUUCCCGCGAGGUUCGACAAUAUUUUAUAGAUUUCUUAUUACCGUUAGGGCAUCGAUCGUUGGACGCGUUUCGGUAGCGUAAAUUCGAGCGUAAGCGGACCCUUCGUACGACCAUGCAUCUAGCAACAUAGUAACCCCGAUUGAUCGCCGGUCGAGGCGAUGCGAGAAUAACGCAAAGUUUCUAAAAGGCGGUAUUUAGCGUAAGAGAAGAUACACAAAACGAGAGAAAUGAAAUGAAAAACUGUUUUUUAAGCUUUCGCAGGAAGUCUGUCUCAAAGUAUUAUUAAAACUCUCAGGCUGCGCCGAUUGUCUUUGCCCGCGUCGCACGACGUGCGCGUUGGCGCACCGUCGCGAGGUCGUCGAAUGAAAGAACGACGGUGUUCAACGACACAUCCGGGUAUCGAAUCGCCGAAGCGCAAUUACGUACCUAACUUUCCGUUUGAUUCUCGUCGAGAAACGGUUUGCUUGUUAGAAUUAUUUAACGACAGUGGCUCACGCGAGUCCGUAACGAUAAUAAUUGCUGUCGCAACGGAACUACCCGGCCCGACGAUCAAUUUGUUUAACAGUAGAGCGUGCCUUAUAAUCGACGAUCCGACCAGAAUCCUCUUUAGAAUUUCGUUCGACCGGACUAAUCGUUUUCCCCCCAAAGCACUGAUCGUCUCGCGUUCGUGCCCGGCUGUCCCUUUGAACACCGCUUCUAAUAUAUGCAUAUACAAAUAUUAUGUAAUAGGAUUAAAAAAAACAAUGAAAUAUCCAUUGCUUGCGCGUGCGACGAAUUAUUUCAGAGGUCGACCAGAGUACAAAGCGUAGAUUUAGUUUGGUCUUUGGAAAUAGUUUGCGCACGCGACCCCGGAAUCGAUGUCGUCGUCGAACGUUCGAAAACCGAUUUGAAGCAACGCGUUAACGAGACAAAGAUAGAGAGAGAGAGACAGAGAGAGAGAAAAAAAAACCAAUAAGGAUAGGGUAAAAUGAAAAAAGAUAAAAAAAAAAAAAUAACAAGUAGCUUCGAAGAUACGUAGCGGAGAACGCUGUUACCGUUUCACGGCGUUGCGUCGACCGAGUGUAUCCGACUCCCGUUGUUUGGGCUCUUUUGUAUCCGACAAUAAAAAAAAGAAACGAAAGAAACGCGCGAACCAAGGGACAAGAGAGAGCGAAGCGCUUGGCGCUCUUCGACGCCCACCGCGAAUCAAUUACCAGAGACAAAUCAAAAGUACUUAGGCUUAAAUCGCUUCGCGACCGAGCGUGUGACCCGAAUCGCUCCAACGCUGUCGUGUCAACCGCUGAAUAUCGCGAAAUACAAUCGAUCUACCAAGGCUCGUCGCUCGGUCGACGCAACGUUUCUCAGGGCAUUUGCGGACGAGACACCCGUCAUUUUACCGAUUAAUAUUAUCAAAUGCUUGCUCGUUACCCGCGCCCCGUGCGUGGUCUUGUUAAUCUUCGAAAGAGGAAAUAAUUGUUUUAAUAACAUCGAUUUCAAGCUGACAUCACUGGUGUACAGUGUUAAAAUAUAUACAAUUUGAAUAAAAAUUUUGUAAAUUUGACCAUAAAGGUCGCGAUUGAUAUUAUCGGACACGAUCCGGUUCGAACAAAAGUAUCUCGUGUUUGUACCAUCGAUCAUCGAUCAGCCAUCGGUAUGUUUGAACUGAAUCGCAACGCUGUAGUGUAGAAACAUUCGUAUCUUAUUGUCUGUAAGAAUAUUCGAACCGGUUCGUGUCCGAACGAGUAACACGUAUCGACCUUUAUGCUUUACAAUUGUGUUCGUACACUUUGAACUUGAACCCUUUGAUAAAUAUCUUUCACUACAUUUUCUGUUUUAUUAAACUAUAAUAUAGCAUUAGGAUUGUUAUUACAUGUUGCAUAGCGUUCGAUGGAAUAGUUGGAUAUUAAAAUGUACUUUAGUCUGAAUUUAGUUGUUGAAAGCAUAAAAGUAAUGGUUCUGAAAUAUAGUGUGUCGUAGUCAAAGGGUCAAGAAUCAGUGUCUCGACGACUAUGGUCGGACCAGUUGCAAAUUAGCAAAAUUAGCCCGACUGUAGCAAAGCGUCGAAUCGGUGUCUCGUCCGAAACGAUCCUCGCCUAACAGACAACGCGCAGAACACGUUCACGUCUAGGCAACCAAAAAAUUCUAAUCUCAUCGCGGCGCAGCUUGCAACUACUGCAAAACCGAUUCCCGGUCGGGUUUGGUAGUGGCAAGCUCCGCAAUUCUUCCGACAACAGGGGUCUUACAAAACUAAUCGGUGACGACUUACUUAACGAAACGUCUCUCAAUUUUUAAGUCGCGCACCGGCAUUUAGGUGGUGCAUAUAUCCUUGGGGGCAAGAAGUCUAUUUGAUAUUUAUAUUUUAAUAUACACGGGCCGAUUAUAUUUAGUGUAUUGUAAUUAUUGAAUAUAUUAACUGAAUAGCCCCGGGGUCUGCUCGUCCAGCGACACGGAAACGAACAUUUGCUCGCGACUGUGCGCGGGGAAUCAGGAUUGCACGCGGAUGGAACAAUUGCAUCGAUGGACGAGCAGCCCGCCGGUGUGAAGAACCACGAUUUUCUGUAUAUUACUGUAGUAUAAUAAUCAAACACUAAAGACUAAUGCUUAAGGUGAUCGACGAGAGCUUCGACGCUCUUCGAAACCGCGUAAGUGUAUUCGAGAUAUUACUAUAUGCAACCUGAAAGAUCGAAUACGAGACAAAAGUGCGAAUGAGAAAUAAAAAAUUUGGUACGAAACGAAAGAGAGAGAGAGAGAGAGAGAGAAAGUGAGCGAGCGCGCGAGAGAAAGAGAGAGAGAGAGAGAGAGAGAAAUAGGUACACGCAGCGGUACAGGCGUCUCACUAUGUUUUAAAUGGUUAAUAAAUGCAAAUGUCCGUGUACUCGCUCGGACACUUCAUGAACUGAGUUCGCUGUGUCACGACUGUAUUCUUUAUCAAACGUUGUCCUUUUUUUUCUCGCUUUUACGCACCGUUUCGCGUCCUGUUUCGA